AGUGAACGCCGCCGAAGAGUCGCAGAACGAAGCAGAGAAUAGAGUGCAGUGUCGUUUGAAUGCGGAUCUCGAGCUUUGGAGGAUUGUUACAGUCAGUGGUAGAACGUUACAGCGAAGGAGACUUAUCACUGGAGUCUUGAACCCGAGGGCUGUGUUUUUUACCUUGGAUUUAAUUACAACAACAUGACUCUGGAAGAUAUUACUGGAACUGACAACACUAGCAAAAAAAUGCAGCCAAUUGAUCAAGCUUUAGAAAAAUUGUUGGUGACAGCACAACGCCAGGGCUACCUAACUGUUGGGGUUUACGAGUCGGCGAAGUUAAUGAAUGUUGACCCGGACAGUGUAGUCCUGUGUCUGCUGGCGGCCGAUGAGGAAGAUGAAGGCGACAUCGCCUUGCAGAUCCAUUUCACCCUGAUCCAGGCUUUCUGCUGCGAGAACGACAUAAACAUCGUGCGGUUGCGGGGAGUCAAGCGCUUGGAAGAACUUCUGGAGUCUGGGGACGAGACUGCUGAACCCCGGGACAUGCACUGCAUGCUAGUUACGAACUCUCAUACUGAUGUUUGGAAAUGUGAGGCGUUGGAGGAAGUCGGAAGCUAUUGCGAGGAAAGUAGAAACAAGAACCAGUGGGUUCCUACCGUGUCCCUGCAAGAACGCUGAAGGUUUCAAACCAGCUGAAGAAAAGGAAGCUGAGAAGAAGCGUCUUUAAUUAAAUGAGAAAUGUAUGCCGUUUUCUUCUACAAAAAGAUGCGGGUGGAUGAGGAAAAAUCAUGUUUGCAAAGGCAUUUUUUUGUUUUAUUUUUUAAAAAGAGAGAAAAGGUAAAGAAGACGGCAUACCCGGCGGAAACUUGGCUGUUUUUUAGAGCGGCGAGUGGAUUGCAAUCCGCUCCCGGAACCGAGAAGACAGCUGCAGAGGAGGAGCUGGACUGGAGGUGUCGAAACCCGAUUUGGAAAUGGAAUGAAGGAGAGAUUUUCGAAGCAGGGCUCUUUUGUAUCUAGAUUUUUUUUGAUAAUAGACUGGACUGAUGCAGAAAGUGGAAGAAAGGAUCUGUGAAGACUAGAGUACAACAGGACUAUAAUCCUGGUGUGGAGGAUAGAUGGACGGUUUUGUUUUAAACAGUGGUUGGCCGGCCGGCCUCGCCCCCUCUCCAUGACUGAUGGAGUCUUUUAUCCGCGUCCUACUGCAGGCGGAACGUGCGAGCUUGCACUGGAACUGCAUUUUGGAGCUGUUUGCAUUUCUUAAAGGGAGCUAGCUCCCCCCCACACGAGUUACCUGUACUGUUUCCUUUGUACACCAAGGGGAUUUGCAGCAAAUGUUAAUUGGACUGUUGCACUUAGCUUCAAUACUGGGAUGUUUUGCAUAGAACCCCAAUGUUAUGUAACGGGCAUCGUGCAAUUUAAUUCUAAACUAUUGAUCUGAAAUGUAGUAUUUUUCAGCGUCUUAUUUAUAACGUUGUGAUUUCCUCUCUUUUUUCUUGAUUUAUGUAAAAAAACCUCAUUUCUAUUACAUUACAAUAAAUAUUUUAACAUUUAAAAGUA